UCACGCUUCAGCGCAAAGACCAUAUCUAUCUUGCGCACCAUGGAUCUCCAAUUCCUAGAGAAAUCUCUCUUAGCCCUCUUCUGUGCUAUCGUUCUCGCCAUUGCCAUUUCCAAGCUCCGUGGCAAGAGGUUCAAACUCCCCCCCGGUCCACUCCCAAUCCCAAUCUUCGGCAACUGGCUCCAAGUCGGCGAUGACUUAAACCACCGUAACCUCACCGAUCUCGCCCGCCGCUUCGGCGAGAUCUUCCUCCUCCGCAUGGGCCAACGCAACCUCGUCGUCGUCUCUUCUCCUGAUCUCGCCAAAGAAGUACUCCACACCCAAGGAGUCGAAUUUGGGUCAAGAACCCGAAAUGUUGUCUUCGAUAUCUUCACUGGUAAAGGCCAAGACAUGGUCUUCACCGUCUACGGUGAACAUUGGCGGAAGAUGCGCAGAAUCAUGACCGUCCCUUUCUUUACUAACAAGGUGGUUCAGCAGUACCGAUUCGGGUGGGAAGAGGAAGCUGCUCGGGUCGUGGAGGAUGUGAAGAAGAAUCCAGAGGCUUCCACAACUGGGAUUGUUCUUAGGAAAAGGUUGCAGCUUCUGAUGUACAACAAUAUGUAUCGGAUCAUGUUUGAUACGAGAUUUGAGAGUGAGGAUGAUCCUUUGUUUAUGAGGCUUAAGACUUUGAAUGGGGAGAGGAGUAGAUUGGCUCAGAGCUUUGAGUAUAACUAUGGUGAUUUUAUUCCCAUUUUGAGACCUUUCUUGAGAGGUUAUUUGAAGAUCUGUAAGGAGGUUAAGGAAAGGAGGUUGCAGCUCUUUAAGGAUCAUUUUGUUGAGGAGAGGAAGAAGCUAGGAAGCACGAAGGCUACGGACAACGCAGGGCUGAAGUGCGCCAUAGAUCACAUCCUUGAUGCACAGAAUAAGGGAGAGAUCAACGAAGAUAACGUCCUUUACAUCGUUGAGAAUAUCAAUGUUGCCGCCAUUGAGACUACAUUGUGGUCCAUUGAGUGGGGCAUAGCGGAACUGGUGAACCACCCGGAGAUCCAACAGAAACUCCGAAAUGAAAUCGACACGGUUCUCGGACCCGGUGUACAAGUUACCGAACCCGACAUCCAAAAGCUUCCCUACCUUCAGGCUGUGAUCAAGGAAACCCUACGACUCCGGAUGGCAAUCCCAUUACUGGUCCCACAUAUGAACCUACAUGAUGCCAAGCUCGGUGGCUACGAGAUUCCGGCCGAGAGCAAGAUCCUUGUCAACGCAUGGUGGCUCGCCAAUAACCCGACCCAAUGGAAGAACCCAGGGGAGUUCCGACCCGAGAGGUUCUUGGAGGAGGAAGCCAAUGUUGAGGCCACCGGUAACGAUUACCGGUACCUACCAUUCGGCGUUGGCCGGAGGAGUUGCCCCGGAAUUAUUCUGGCUCUGCCCAUCCUUGGAAUUACCUUGGGCCGUCUGGUUCAGAAUUUUGAGCUCUUGCCCCCACCGGGUCAGUCUAAGCUUGACACAGCCGGGAAGGGAGGGCAGUUCAGCUUGCACAUAUUGAAGCACUCCACGAUUGUUGCAAAGCCUAGGGUGUUUUGAGCUUCAAAUCGUUUUCUCUCUCUGUUUUUUUCUGUUAGCUUUUGUUAUUUUUAUGGUCUACUUGUUUAUAUUGACUACCUUGUGAAGUUAGCGAGGGGAGAUGUAACCAUGGACUAUAAAAUGUGGUGGGUCAUUGACAAGGGGAAAAAUAAUAAAAGAAAAUUCAUUA